UAUAAGUAUUUCAAAAAUGUAUUUAAAAUUAACUAUAAUUUCCACAAUAUUCAAAAAUACAAAGAAAUGCUGGUGCAACAAUUCCAUUUUCAAGAACUACAGCAGCCAAAUAGCCGACAAAUUCGAACCACUGGCUGAUGAUGAUCGUAUUUUUACAAAUCUCUAUGGCAGACAUGAUUGGCAUUUAAACGCAGCCUUAACUCGAGGGGACUGGCAUAAAACUAGAGAAAUUAUUGUGAAAGGGCCAGCAUGGAUCAUCAAUGAAUUGGAAGUGUCGGGUGUAAGGGGUCGUGGAGGAGCUGGUUUUCUUUUGGCUAAAAAAUUAAGAUACAUGCAGAAAGUUAAAGCCGAACCACCCAGAUAUGUGGUGGUUAAUGGAGCUGAGGGUGAACCGGGCACCUGUAAAGAUCGUGAAAUAUUGCGUCAUGAGCCUCAAAAAAUAAUAGAAGGAGCUUUGCUAGUGGGCCGUGCCAUUUCAGCCAAAGCGGCCAUAGUAUUUAUAAGAGCUAGAUUUUACAAUGAAGCCUGCAACUUGCAAAUGGCUAUAGCGGAAGCAUAUGAAAACGGUUUAGUGGGUGCAAAUGCCUGUGGCAGUGGUUUUGAUUUUGACAUUUUCAUACAACGUGGUGGAGACAUAUACAUAGCAGGAGAAGAAACUGCUUUACUUAAUUGUUUGAUGGGUUCGGAAGCCAGGCCACGUAGAAAACCACCAUAUCCCUCAGAAAAGGGCAUCUAUGACAGGCCAACAACUUUACUUAAUGUGGAAACAGUGGCCUUAAUACCCAGCAUCUGCCGCAGAGGCAGUAAAUGGUUUGCUAAUCUCGGCUGUCCACCUCAUAGUCCUGGCUCUAAACUUUUUAAUAUAUCUGGUCAUGUGGAAAGACCCUGUACGGUGGAGGAAAACCUGGGCAUACCCCUAAGGGACUUGAUUGAACGUCAUGCCGGUGGUGUAUGUGGAGGUUGGGACAAUUUAUUGGCCGUAAUGCCAGGAGGCUCUUCCACACCUUUGCUGCCUAAGGAUUUGUGUAAUGACUUAAAAUUGGACUCUGAAUCAUUGAAAACUGUAAAUAGUGGUUUGGGCACAGGAGCUGUUAUUGUAAUUGAUAAAUCUCAGGACAUUUUGGAGGUCACAGGCCGUACAUUAUGGUUUUAUAAGGAAGGUUCCUGUCAUCAGUGUUCAAGAUGUCGUGGCCUCUCUAUGUGGGCCUAUGAAUAUUGUAAACAAUUCCAGUUGGGCAUAGGCCAAAGGCAGGAAAUUGAUUGGCUUUGGGAAAUUUCCAAAUGGGCUGCUGGCCAUACAAUAUGUUCCUUUUCCGAAGGCAAUGCCUGUGCUGUGCAAGGACUUCUAAGACAUUUUCGUAAAACCAUAGAAAAAAGUUUGCAUUAAUACCUGAAGUUGUAAAUUGUUUUAUUUAAAUGAAAUUAAUUAAAUAUUUAAAUAUGUAUGUUUAGAAUUUAGAGCAGCUACUUAUUUAUUGUUUGGAGUGUAUUUAUGAUUUUAUUUAAAGCCUUUUUGUACAAAUAAAAACCAUUAAAUAACGUUAAAUAACACA